AUGGCAUCAUCUUCAUCACGGAGUAGGGUUUUAAAUCCUGGGCCGGAGGAUGGUUCAUUAUUGAGGUUUCAGUCUGUUCACGUAUCGGAGCAUAUUUGGGAUGGACGUGAGCACCUAAUUCUGAAGGUGAGAAGGAGUCAUUUCAUACCGGCUGGCAUGGAAGGGGUUCCAAUGGAGAUUCUUCCUCAUCUGACCUUAGCUGGAUUUGCUGGGGUAGCUCAGUUGGCAUGCUUUCCUAUUGACCGACAUCUAAUUACAGCAUUGGUAGAAAGAUGGAGGCCAGAGACUCAUACGUUUCACAUGCCUCCUGGAGAAUGUACUAUAACUCUUCAGGACAUUGUUAUUCAAAUAGGGCUUCAUAUAGAUGGAAAGGCAAUCAUUGCAGCUGUUGGAGGUAAUAAAGCACAAAUUGUGGAGGAUUUGCUUGGUAUUAGGCCACUUGAUGAUGCUUUUGCAGGGAGUAGUUUGAAGUUGAGUUGGUUGGACCAACACUUUACUCAUGUUGCAAUGCAUAAUCAUAAUGAACUUCAGCUUACUCGCUUUGCGAGAGCUUAUAUUCUGAGGUUAAUAGGUGGUUUCAUGUUGGCUGAUCAUUCCUCUAGUAGGGUUCCAGUUAGGUACCUUCCAUUUGUAACGCCCCGAUUCUCCUGA